AUGGCCAAGCGUACAAAGAAGGUCGGAAUCACUGGUAAAUACGGUACCCGUUAUGGUGCUUCCUUGCGUAAAAUGGUGAAAAAAAUGGAAAUCACCCAACACGCCAAAUACUCCUGCAGCUUUUGCGGCAAAGAAGCCAUGAAGAGGAGUUGUGUUGGAAUCUGGUCCUGCAAAAGGUGUAAGAGGGUUGUUGCUGGAGGUGCAUGGGUGUAUUCAACGACAGCCGCUGCAUCAGUUAGAUCUGCUGUAAGGCGUCUUAGGGAAGUUAAAGAACAUGAAAAUUUGAAUUUAAAAAUGAUUCUCGAGGACAUGGAAUGUUUUCUUCCAAACGACUGGGAACCCAUGAAUUUAAGAAAGGAAAAAUUCAGAAUUGUAUGUCUCCAUCCUAAAAGUAAGGAAUACGACAUGGUGCACACUUAUUUUAUAGAAAAUACUUCAGAGCGUUUUUAUAGAGCAAUACAAGGUAUUUAUAAAAUACAAAAUCCAUUUUUAUAUACAAAGUUUAUGCUAAAGGCACAUGAAUAUGAACAAAGAGGUAGCUAUGCUGCUGAAAGAUUAUUCCAUGAUACUGCUCAGGAGAAUAAUGAGUCUAUAGCAAGUUAUAACUUUGACUGGCGUUACGGCGAACGUAUGAAGUUUGGUCCAGGUGUUUAUUUUUCAAAAGAUGCUCAUUUGGCGAACAAACAUUCAUCUAAGAACAAUGGUAAAUUUAGAUCUGUAUUCAUAGCAAAAGUGCUGAUACAGAAUGUCCAGGAUGUUGACGGAGAUAUAUUUUUACCUGAUUUGGGGUAUGAUACUGUUCUUUGUCACCAUAGGGAGACCUAUGUGAAAUAUUUUGAUGGGGAUUAUUAUCCUGAGUAUAUGAUUGACUAUGUGUGUCGUUAA